GCGGCCCACCCCGCCCCGCACGCAGGCCCCCACCCCCCGGCAGGGGAGGCUCCGCUGAGGACCGGGGGGCCCCGCUGGGGCAGUCGCGAGCGGGCAGCACCGGGCACCAACAGCCUCACGCACCACCAGGCACCCAGCAGCCUCCUCUUCAGCUCCCCCAGGAACCCAGCACAGCACCACCAUGUCCUCCCGCACGAUCCUCAGCCGGCCGCGCACUCGCCUGUACGACUGCAACUACAACAUCGGCCAGAGCUACUACAAGCCCAUGAUGGACCACCUGGACCGCAAGUACUCCGGCAGACCCAGCGAGAUGCCCAACGCCUACCCCGCCACCCGCCCGGUCAACCAGGAGGAGCAGGACCUGUUCAGGACGAGGCGGGCGGGCUCGGCCCUCAUCGGUGACUUCGAGGACUCCAUCGGCAACACGCCCGAGGUGGGCCGCAAGCCGCUGUCCGGCGCCGCCUCCGCCGCGCUCCGCGAGUUCGACGACAUCUUCGAGAACCGGCCGACGGCGCGCGGUGAGCGCGAGCGCGGCGGUGCCGGGCUCCGGGCGUCCUCCCUGGCCGCCAACGGCGCCUCCAACGGCUACGACAUCGACGACGCCAUCGAGGAGGUGCGUCGGGCGCGCGCGCGCCGCAUGGAGGAGGCCGAGGACGACGCCAACGACUCGGUGUCCAUCCGGCGCCGCAACCUGGUCGCCAUGAAGAACGAGCGCGAGCAGUCCCUGGCGGACCGCGCCCUGGAGACGGUCGGGCUCCGCAAGCUGGACCUGGACAGCGACCUGUCGAGCUCCACCAUCAUCAAGAAGAGGGUGCUGCGCGUCACCCAGGACGUCGAACAGUCCGCCGCAAAGGAGAGCGGCGACCUCACCCGGUGGACCAAGGUGAACGCGGGCUCACCGCUCGCCCUGGAGAGCGCCUCCGAGGCCGCCGCCAUCAGCCGGGCGCGCCAGACGCGCAACCGCCUGCAGGACCUGGAGAACGAGAUGGAGGACCUGGCCGAGAGGGGAGCGCUGCGGGAGCGACGCGCCGCCCAGCUGCGCUCGCUGGUGGCCGAGUCCGCGGACCGCGCCUCCGACGAGGACAGCAGCUUCCGCAGCGUCAAGUCGAGCCUGCGCAGCGAGAAGAAGACCGUCACCUUCUAGGCGCGCUCGUGCCGGACGGGCGGGUCGCCCUCCGCGAGGACACGCUCGACGACGGAGAGCGGGGUGACUUUAGUGGGCGCCGAGGAUUUCCCUAUACUUUUGCAGUCUUCUAAAUUUCUAAAAUUGGAUUAUUUUCCAAGAUUUUACCAUCUGUUUCGGUCUGAAAACGUUUUUGCUGUUCGGUAAUCAACCAGCUAUCUAUUGUCACCCCGCUCUCUUGUGACUUGGAUGUGAUGAUAUCAAAGAAGAAAUGGGAGUGUCGGCUUCCCAAAAAUGGACACGGAACGAAAUGUGUUUAAAAUUAAUAUCUACCUUAAAGUUAAAUUUUGCUAGUGACAGUAAUUAUUGUGAAGUACUUGUUACUCCAGGGCAAAAUUUGCAUUUGAUCCUGCACUGUUCGAUGCAUCUCUUGGCUCUCAGGCCAAGAAGCCGAGUGAGGCCUAGAUGGACCGUAAGGUGUCUCUCUAGAGGCCCGGUGCGGUGGCGGGCCGGGUGCCCAGCUGUGCCGCGCCGUGCCUUGCCGUCUGGUCCAAGCUGUCUGCCCCCGGCCCCGCCUCGUGGCGCCAGGGGCUGGUGACGCGACGCGGAGUCUGCUGUCUGUAUAUAUUUAACCUCUUUUGUACGUUAUGUGUGAUCUAUGUACACGUGAAUAAAAAAAGAAUUAUGGAGCAAGAGCCUAUUAUGAGGGAGCGAGGGACCUGUAUUUAUUAUUCCUUUAUUAAGAUGAAAGAGAUGUGAAUUCCUCAUGUUUGGAGAGUGGUGGGAGGAGUGAGCUGGCGUAAAGGUAGGAGGACUCACAGCUGUUUUGCUCAUAGCUUUGUUUACUAAUGUACUUCGGUCCAACUCCACAAAGUUUGGAGCUCUCCUAGCAAUUACAUGACAAACAGAUUUAUAUUUAUAGAUUAUUCCACUAUAUAGCUUGCUUGUGAAGUAUAGACGUUCGCUUUGGGUGUUGCUUGCCUUACUACAACAUGAUAGGCGAGAUGCAAAAACGAGAGCUAAGGCACCUCGGUCAUUUCCGAUCAGGUCAGAUGCGUCUUGGAUGGCAUCGCCAACCUGUGGUCUGAACAUCAAGCCUGAUGCUCCCCGAUCCCUGUACGGUACGACGAAGGGAGCGGUGCUUCAUUGUUUGUGAGAUGUGUGAUCAAAAACCCUAUUAUUGUUGUUUACUUUAUUGCACUUUUUAUUUGGAAAUGGGAGUUUUGAAUAAAGAUUGGUGUUUUUUAAAA